AUGGAGGUUCUGAAGUCGGGUGCAGAUUUUAAAUGCUAUCGGUACUGGUUGUUCAAUAAAUUAAUUUUCUUCAGAUUUACUCAGUUGGCAAAUGGGUUGCGGGUGAUGCUCAUAUCGAGUCUGAAGCCUGGGGAAAAGGCGGAGCCAGAGGGUGAUGCUUUAAGUGAGCGUCCGGAAAAUCAACACACGCAUUGUGAUGAUAAAUCAGGUGUUAUGAGGAAGUCUGCGGCUGCACUGUGCAUACAUGCAGGAUUCUUUUCCGAUCCCAAGGAAGCGCAGGGUCUAGCUCACUUUUUAGAACACAUGGUUUUUAUGGGAAGUGAAAAGUAUCCCCGAGAAAAUGAUUUCGAUGACUAUGUCAAUCAUCGUGACGGAAGUAGCAACGCAUGCACAGACGGUGACUACACACUGUUCUUCUUUGAUAUUCAGCAGGCUUGCUUUAAAGAGGCGCUUGACAAAUUUGCUAACUUCUUCGUUGCGCCUCUACUUAGUCAGGAUUGUGUCGAUCGCGAACUUGAAGCCGUGCAUAGCGAGUACGAGUUGUACAAAGCAGACGACUCUUAUCGACUGGAUCACCUUUUAUCGACAUUUGCCAAAGAGGAGUCUCCCUUCCACUCAUUUUCUGUUGGCAACCGGACCUCUCUAAGAGAUAAACCCUCGGCAGUAGGCACGAAUGUUUACGAAUUGCUACGAAAAUUUCAGCUUAAAUACUAUAACGCCCCUCUCAUGACACUGGCCGUGGAGUCUAAAGAUACGUUGGAUCAUCUUGAGUCUAUGGUAAACGAAAUCUUCGGUCCUAUUCCCAACCGAAAUUGUGAGGCACCGGAUCUGUCGGCAUAUGUGAACCCAUUUCCGUCGACAGUGUAUAAGAAGAUGUACAAAGUUUGUCCGGUGAAGGAGACGGUGUCGAUUUCGUUUGUUUGGAGUCUUCCUCCGAUGCAUUCGCAUUACAGGUCGGCGGCGCUGAAAUUUGUUGCGUCGAUUGUUGGUCACGAGGGGAAGGGAAGUCUGGUGGCGUACCUGCGCAAAUUGAAUUUGGCAGUAGAGUUGGUUGCUGGUUGCGUAAUCAAUGAUAGUUCAAAUCACAACCAAAUGACGAGCAUUUUCGGGAUUAAUGUGGAACUCUCCGAACUGGGUCGUACUGCUCCCACCGUGGUGGCCGAUCACGUAUUCUCGUACCUACGCAUGCUUCGUGAUGCUGCAAAUUUCAGUGAAGCUAAUCCCUCAGCCACGACGACAACAUGGAACGACCGCACAUUCGCGUCUCUCGUGCCUGAGUUUGAGAAAAUUUGGGCGUCGAAUUUCCGUUUCCAGGAGCCUCUAGAGCCCUGUAUCAACGUUCGCAAAAUCGCCUUGGCAAUGCGUAAGUUUCCGCCCCAUGAGGUCUUCGUUGCUGAGUCGCUGAUUCUGGAACCAAAUCUACAGUUCGUUGUGACACGAUGUAUGACGAAUGCGGUGGUGGCGGUGGUGGUGAAGAAACGGUGCUCCAAGUGGAGAGAGUGCUUACUUCGGUUGGGUUGUGGGUGUCUCGGGUCCUUUCCUGAAGAACACUGCAUUGUCUUGUAUAGUAAUGGUUGGGUGGUGGCAGCACAUGGAGGUGUUACGAAAACUCUGAGUCUGGACGUGGUGCGCCUUGUUGUUUAUGUCAUGGCCAUUGUUUAUGUGCAAUGUGGGUUCAUCUACCCGCACGCCUCGCUGUGUUCUGCUCUGCGCCACUUCCCUUCCUUCGUGCGCACAGUAUGUGGCCUUAAAGCCUACAGAUGGAGCAGAUAA